AGAAAAAAGGUCGGGGUCACUUUUAACUUGUAAGUUGUAUGAGAAACAAAUCGUAGUCGAACGGAAGUGGCCGGAAAACGCAGGUAGACUUGGUCGUUGUAGAAAGUAACUCCGCCAGAAACAAUACCAUGACAAAGCGCAAAAGGUUGAAUGCUGUUCGAAAAAGUGGCAAAUCACAAGCUAAAAAGCAAUUAAUUGAUAGCUCUAAUGGUGUCAAUCAGAACAACCACAACAUAAAUGAAGAGUGUGCACAAUUUGGAGUAGAUACAAGAGAGAAUCUAAUGGUAGCAAGCCUUAAUUACCAAAAUGACCUAUCACAAUCAGAACAACAAAUAGAAGUGGGAAGUCAUGUUGAAUCUCGUAUAUCUUUUGGUAGAAUGCGUAAUAUUUUACCUGAAGACACCAUUUCUAGGCGCAAAAGGUCAAAUGUUGUUCGAAAAAGUGACAAAUCACAAGCUAAAGAACAACAGUUAAUUGAUAGCUCUAAUGAAGUCAACCAAAACAACCACAGUAAAAUUGAAGAGUUUGCACAAUUUGAAGGAGUAGAUACGAGAGAGAAUCUAAUGUUAGCAAGUCUGAAUCACCAAAACAACGAAUCACAAUCAAAACAACAAAUACAAGCGGGAAGUCAUGUUGAAUGUCCUCUUUCUUUUGGUAGAAUGGGUAAAAGUUUACCUAAAGAUACCAUGGGGAGGAGCAAAAGGUUGAAUGUUGUACGGAAAAGUGGCAAAGCACAAGCUAAGGAGCAAUUAAUUGAUAGCUCUAAUGAAAUCAACCAAAACAAACCCAAUGUAUAUGAAAAGUGUGCACAAUUUGGAGUAGAUACAAGAGAGAAUCUAAUGUUAGCAAGUCUGUGUCGCCAAAAUGAUGAAUCUCAAUCGGAACAACAAAUACAAAUGGGACGUCAUGUUGAAUAUCCUAUUUCUUUUGGUAAAAGUUUACCCAAAGAUACCAUGCGGAGGAGCAAAAGGUUGAACGUUGUUCAAAAAAGUUGCACAUUACAAGCUAAAGAUCAAUUAAUUGAUAGGUCUAAUGAAGUCAACCAAAACUUCCAAUUUGCUAAUGAAAAAUGUGGACAAUUUGGAGGAGUUACAAGAGAGAGUUUAAUGGCAGCAAGUGUGAAUCACCAAAAUGAAGAAUCACAACCGGAGCAGCAAAUACAAGUGGGAAGUUGUGAUGAAUAUCCUAUUUCUUUUGGUAGAAUGGAUAAAAGAUUACCUCAAGAUACCAUGGGGAGGCACAAAAGGUUGAAUGCUGUUCGAAAAAGUGGGAAAGCACAAGCUAGUAAGAAAUUAAUUGAUAGCUCUAAUGAACUCAACCAAAACAACCACAACAUAAAUGAAAAGCGUGCACAAUCUGGAGGAGUAUCUACAAGAGGGAAUCUAAUGGUAGCAAGUCUUUAUCACCAAAAUGACCAAUCACAAUCAGAACAAGUACAAGUGGGAAGUCAUAUGGAAUCUCCUAUUUCUUUUGCUAGAAUGAAUAAAAGUUUACCUAAAGAUACCAUGGAGAGGCAGAAAAGGUUGAAUGAUGUUCAAAAAAGUAGCAAAUCACAAGCCGAAAAGCAAUUAAUUGAUAGCUCUAUUGAAGUCAACCAAAACAAUCACAAAAUAAAUGAGUGUGCACAAUUUGGAGGUGGAGAUACAAGAGGAAAUCUAAUGGUAGCAAGUCUUAAUCACCAAAAUCGCCAAUCACAAUCAGAACAACAAAUACCAAUGGAAAGUCAUGUUGAAUCUCCUAUUUCUUCUGGUAGAUUGAAUAAAAGUUUACGUAAAGGUGAAAAGAGGGUAAGAGGUUAUACCCGAAUGUCGGAUGUGUGGAAUUUACCGGAUGGAGAAUUCAUACUUGUUGAAGUAGAUCCUUUAGGUAAUCCUAUUGGGUUUGAAGGAAAAAAACUUUUAAAUGCAAUGGGCUGCUUGGUAAGGAAGCACCAAUAUGCUCCUAUCAAUAUUCUUAACUGGAAAGACAUGCCAGAGUUCUACAUAACUAAUAUGCUUGAAUUGAUACAGAGUAAGUUUCAAUUUGUUCCUAAAUUGACUGAGCAAACAAAGCAAAUACUAAAAGAUAACUUGAGUUCUAAGUGGAGGCAAUUCAAGCAUGAUUUGAAAGCAAAGGGAUAUGAUGAAAACAAGACUGAGGAAGAAAUGGCUGCUAGCAUCCCUGAUAAAAGAGUUGAUCCUUCUCAAUAUCGUGCUUUAGUACAUCAUUGGUGUUCCAAGAAGGGACAGAAAAUAAGUAACAUCAACAAAAGGAAUCGCUCAAAAUAUGAGGAUUUACACUGCAUGGGAACCAAGAAUCUUCCAAGGUUCAUUCACGAGACAACAAAGGCGAACGGAGUACAACCUUCACGAGCUCAAAUUUAUAUUGACACUCGUACUCGUAAAGAUGGGAGUAUUGUGACCGAGAAGGCAGCUCAUGUGAUUGGUGAAUUAAAGAAGCAUAUGGCGGAGGCAACAAGUUCACAAACUCCUCAAACGAUUCAAGAAUCUACAAAUUGGGAGAAUGAUGUGUACUCAAAAGUAAAAGGGUCCGAAAGGAGAGGAACUGUGCGUUGUCUUGGCAAGGUUCCACGUCAUUCAAAUGCUUCAUCAUCUCAAAGCUCUAAUGUAGAGAAUAGGCUCCAUAAAUUAGAAAAUUUGCUUGGAAAUCUUGUUUCUGUUCUUCAAACACGAUUCUCAGCAGAUCAACAAAUUAACGAUGUUUUGCAAGCUAUAGCACAAGAGGUACCUGAUGCUCCAAGUACGCCAAAUGAUUCCAUGAGUAACGAUCAGCAAACUGCAAGUGACAGCAAUUGAAUAAAAUUGAUACUGGAACAAGGUUUUGAUAUAGGGACAUGAUGGUGUGAUGACAUGUGAAUGCUAUGAUGUUGUGAAUUUGUAUGUCAGUCCUAUAUGGAGGAAGUACUCAAUUUGAUCAGAGUUAUUAACAGAUCUAGCAUUUGUUCAGAUGUAUAUUUAUUGGCAUCCUAGAUUUCCUAAGUAAUAGUUUACUUGAUUCUGAGCCUUACGUACUAAUUAAACAUUGUCUACACUUGAUACUGUUGUAUUCGUAAGGAAUAGGAAGUUGGAGAUGGAUAGUAAGUAACUUCUCAUGUAUAAGAAUCUUUUGAUAACUGGUUUUCAUUGGUUGUAACUGGAUUUCAUAUAAAGGUAACUCAGUUGAAAGAUA